UCUUCGACUAUCUUCUGUGCACUCACCCAAACACAUGACCACCGUCAUGCAGUCAUGCAGCCGUCUGAUGGAGUUCAAGGUCAAAGACCUUAUGCUCGACAAGCGGCGGCUUGUCCAAGUUCCCGAUAACGCCACUCUAGCAGACGCCUUGAACACCAUGGUGACAAACCGAGUUACAGCUGUGCCGGUCGCUGCCAAACCGGGCCAGUGGCUGGGAGCCGGCGGGUCGAUGAUAGUAGAAUCAGAUAAACAGAGCGGCAGUGCAAGGAAACAGUACAUAGGAAUGGUGACAAUGUUAGAUGUUGUGGCACACAUCGCGGGCGAGGGAGACGACAGUGACAGCGAGAGUGGACUCGAUAAGAAAAUGGCUGCUCCUGUCUCUUCUAUCAUUGGUCAUUGCCCUGAGGGUCUAAGCCUUUGGUCUCUCAAUCCUAAUACCAGCGUAAUGGAUUGCAUGGAGCUGUUGAGUAAAGGAAUCCACAGAGUAUUGGUUCCAUUGGACAGCAACAUAGAAAACAUCUCAGGACCCGAGCUGGUGGAAUCGGCUUCUUCUUACGCUAUGCUGACUCAGAUGGAUCUCAUCUCUUUCUUCCUCGACCAUCUUCAAUGUAUCCUCUCCCAAACCGUCACUGAUCUCUCCGCCAGACAAGACACCGUUUUAGCCCUCACUAGCCAGGCCAGAGUGAAGGAUGCGAUUAAGUGCAUGAGUAAGUCAAUGCUCAAUGCCGUUCCUAUCGUGGAAGCCACCAGCGAGGAAGAGGAUCAUAAACAGCUCGUGGACGGGAGAAACCGGAGAGUAGUGGGAACGUUCUCGGCGAGUGAUCUGAAGGGAUGUCAUUUAGCCACGUUGCGGUCUUGGUUACCGCUAAACGCCCUAGAGUUCGUUGAGAAAAUCCCAAGAAGUCCCUUGUUCACCGUUGUUGAUACACCAGGGAGGGAACUCGUGACGUGUCACGUGACAUCGACCUUGGGCAAAGUGUUACGUAUGGUGACUAUGAAACGUGUACACAGAGUUUGGGUCGUAGACCAGAAUGAUGGGCUACAAGGCCUCGUUUCUCUUACUGACAUUAUCGCUGCGGUCCGAUCCGCUUUGCUCUCCGGAGCCCGAGAUCAGCUUUAACUCCUAACUUUCAGUACUAGCUAGUGGUCUCGGUCUCUAUCGAAUUCUUACAUAUUUACUUGUCUUUUUGUCAACUUGUUACAAGUAAAUACUUUGUUUUGACAAAAAUUGUUAGGGCGUUUCUCAUCUCACAGUA